AUGUCGUGGACAGACUCAAAUGAAAUACAUAAUCAGCAGUGGCCCGAGGAUCUGUCAAACGUACAUAUCCUCCGACAACCUGCUUCUCAGGCAACCACUAUUUUACAGCAGUUUCCAGCAGCAGUGUCCUCACCUUUUGCCCCGGUGCGUCCAGGACACAUCAGAGAGGUUCUGGUUGAACUGAUGAUGAUGCAGAAUGCACAGAUGCAUCAGGUUAUCAUGAAUAACAUGACCAUGUCUGUACUCAACACUUUUGACUACGCACAUACACCUGAGACAAGGAUCGAUAUGGAUUUAGAGGAGGAGCCUGAUGUUUACCACCAUUAUUACCCCCCUGUGCCCAGCCUCUUUUACCCAGGUUGGGUUCCUUUACCUCAGCCACUGAUUCAAGCACCAUCUCCUCUUCUCCAGAACGCCCAGGACCCAUCACAACCUGCACAGCCUGCUCGGACAGAAUACAGAGACAGGAAAGCUGUUCCACCCCCACCUCCACCCAGUGCUACACAGACUGUUGGUGCUGACAUCCCACCUGCACCAGAGUUUUAUGUUGCAGAGAGAGGGCAGUGAUAAACAGUUUUUCUUAUGGGAUAAACAGAACUCAUUCUGCCUUAAUUUUUACUAUGUAUUGUGCAGGCUUAUUUUAUUUAACUGUAUAUUAUGUACUACAUGCAUUUAUUUUAGUUUUUAACACCAUUUUAUGCACCCUGUUUAAUAUUUGGGUUUAUGAAAACAUACUUUUACUGAGCAUCCCAUUAUUUUCUAUUUCUGACAGUUGCUGAUGGUGUUAUUGUAUUAAUGGGCCCUCUUUCAAUUGUAGGAUCUCAGACAGUUGUUAUAAUUUUCUAUAGAUUUAGUAUAUUGCUUUUCAGUAGGUCACACAUGAUUCUUUAUGGAGAUUUUAUUAUAAGAUGACGAUCUGCUGGACAAAGGUGAAAAAUAAUGGGAGGUCCAUAAUAACCUUUUCUUAUUUGGUGUGGCAUUAAAACUUGAUUGUUGUCUUUUCCUGUAAAAGGCCAUGGCUCUGCAUUUUAUUUAAAGGUGGGUCCAUCUGCCUCAAGACAGCAACUUGGUACUGAAUUAAAUGAUGUUGUGUUUAUUGAAAAUCAUGUGUCUGAUAAUACAUUAUGGAUGGUUGUGACCUCAACCUGAAUUAAAAGUAAUUCUUAUCUCUUCCUAAGGAAGCUGUACAAAGACCAUGAAAUUAAUAAUAAUAAUUAAUAAUAAUUCCUUACUUCUAUAUAGUGCUUUUCUAGGCACUCAAUGUGCUAAAGGGGGAAUAUCCU